AUGUCUGACGGACACGUUCGUUCCAGCCUGCCGACGAUGAAACCGACUGGUGACGUGCUGUCCGCGCUGCGGAAACUGAUGCAGAAUCUGCCGAACAAUCUCGGCACGAUCAACGCGUACAUCAUCCCGUCAAACGAUGCGCACCAGAGCGAGUAUCUGGCGGCACGGGACGAGCGGCGCGCGUUCGUGUCCGGGUUCGACGGUAGUGCCGGUACGGCGGUGGUAACCGAGCGGGAAGCGCUGCUCUGGACCGACGGUCGCUACUACCAGCAGGCGACGAAGCAGCUCGACACCAGCUGGACGCUGAUGCGGGACGGCCAACCGACCACACCGUCGAUCGAUGCGUGGCUAGCGAAAGUGCUGCAGCCCGGUUCCCGGGUCGGGGUCGACGCGAACCUCAUCACCGCUUCCGCCUGGACACCGCUGCAGACCACGCUCAAGACGGCCGGUUGCACGCUGCUGCCCGUCACACCCAAUUUGGUCGAUCUGCUGUGGACGGACCAGCCGGCCGUACCGCACAAUCCGCUGUUACCGCUCGGCACCAACUUUACCGGGGCGACCGUCGCCGAGAAGCUGGCAACCGUGCGGGAAAAGCUGACCGACAAGCGGGCGUCCGUGCUGGUGGUGAGCGCACUGGAUGAGAUUGCCUGGCUUUUGAACCUGCGCGGCACCGACAUCGACUACAAUCCGGUCUUCUUCUCGUACGUCAUUGUGACACAGGACACACUGUACCUAUUUAUCGACGCUGGCCAGAUGCAACCGUCGGUGGAGGCCCAUUUCCGUGCGAAUGGUGUCACGGUGGAGGUGCGUGGGUAUGACGAGAUACACACGGUGCUGGGUGAGCUGGCCAACCGUACGCCACCGCCGGCCGGUGGCGGACCGCUGGUGUGGAUCAGUUCCGGGUCGAGCUAUGCGCUGGUAGCGCUGGUGCCGGAGGAACGCCGCCUGCACGACAUUACGCCCAUCAACCUAAUGAAGGCGGUGAAGAACGAAACGGAAGCGAAGGGUAUGCGGGACUGUCACGUGCGUGACGGUGUUGCGCUGUGUCAGUAUUUUGCCUGGCUCGAGCGCUCCCUGCAGGAUGGUGUGGCCGUCGACGAGAUAAGCGGUGCGGCACGGUUGGAGGAGCUGCGCAGCCGUCAGGCACACUAUAAAGGGUUAAGCUUUACCACGAUCAGCGCUUCCGGACCGAAUGGAUCGAUUAUCCACUACCAUCCACUGCCGGAAACGAACCGCCCAAUUACGACACGGGAGCUUUACCUGUGCGAUUCGGGUGCACAGUAUCUCGAUGGCACCACGGACGUUACACGCACGAUGCAUUUCGGUGAACCGACUGCCGAAGAGGUGCGCGCAUUUACCCACGUGCUGAAGGGACAGAUUGCGCUCGGUACCGCCAUCUUUCCGCGCAAGGUGAAGGGUCAAUUUCUGGACACGAUCGCGCGUAAAGCGCUGUGGGACAUUGGGCUCGAUUAUGGGCACGGUACCGGCCAUGGUAUCGGCCACUUUCUCAACGUACACGAAGGACCGAUGGGUAUCGGUAUACGGCUGAUGCCGAACGAUCCGGGACUCGAAGAGAACAUGUUCCUGUCGAAUGAGCCCGGCUAUUACAAGGACGGCCAGUUUGGGAUUCGUAUCGAGGAUAUCGUGCAGGUGGUGACCGCAAACGUAGGGACCAACUUUGAUGGGCGCGGUGCACUAACCUUCCGCACCGUUACCAUGUGCCCGAUCCAGACGCGCCUGAUCGAUGUGAGCCUGUUGACGGUGCGGGAACGCGACCAUAUCAAUGCGUACCAUCAAACCGUGUGGGACACGGUCGGGCCUUUGCUGCGCGAAGUCAACGAUCAGGAUACGCUUGACUGGUUGGAGCGUGAAACUAAACCCAUCUAA